UCUGUUCCGUUUCUUCUGCGGAAAACACCCAGGAGCUCAGAAACCGGGGAGCACGGACACCGGGAGCGAGCAUUGUGUGGUCUGUGUUCCUGCUGGGCGAUUCAUCGAUUGACUUGUUUUUUUUAAAUAUUUUAAACCACGCUGAUGUGUGUUUGUGUGACUGAGGACACACACACACACACACACACACAGACACACACACACACACACACACACUGACACACACACUCAGCUGUGUGAGGGGAAUUAGCACUCAGAGGAGACGACAUCUGGCUCCAGAAGACACGGCCAUGUGAGGAACUGCUGAACCGGUCUGUCAUGUUUGAGGACGGAGGCGGACGCUGGAGGAGGGGAGGAGCCACAUCUGCACCACCGCCGAGUAAGCAGACAGGAGGAGCCGGGUGUUUGAGUCACAUGUCCGAGGGCGAGGAGGAGGCGUGUCCGACCUGAGCGUGUCACACACACACACACACACACACACACACACACACACACACACACACACACACACACAGGACUGACGAUGCGAGCGGCUUUAGAUGGAGCGAUCAGACUCACCGAGACAGAAGAAGAAGAAGACACGGGCACGCCGCGCUGAUUCAUGACGCCUCUCAGGGGGAGACUGAGAGAAACCAGCACGCCACAAAUGCAACACAGGUGAUGCACGCCUGAGACUCCAAGACUACACACACACACACACACACACAGACACACACACACACACACACAUCCCCCCCCCGGUUCUCAAAAGAGUCCACCAUCAUGCCUCGGAACCGGGCCUUCUCUGAGCCCGAGUACUCGGCGGAGUACUCUGCGGACUGCUCGGUGACGCUGCCCUCGGACCCGGGCCAGGCGGUGGGCCGGACCAAUGAGGUGACGGUGCGGAGCUCGGGAUGCUGCCUCUGCCUGCCCCGCUUCAUGAGGCUCACCUUCGCCCCCGAGUCCCUGGAGAACCUGUACCAGACCUACUUCAGGAGGCAGAGGCACGAGACGCUGCUGGUGCUGGUGGUGUUCGCCGCCCUCUUCGACAGCUACAUCAUCGUCAUGUGCGCCGUCAUCUACACCUCCGACAAGCUGGCGUCCGUGCUGGUGGCGUCUCUGGGGCUGGCGGCGGACAUCGCCCUGUACCUGCUGUGCCGCUUCGGGCUGCUGCCGGACCGCGUGACACGGCGGGUGGUACCCUACGCCCUGUGGGUGCUCAUCGCCGCGCAGAUCUUCUGCUACCUGGGCUUGAACUACGCCCGCUUCCACCAGGCGUCGGACACGGUGGGCUGGCAGGCCUUUUUCAGCUUCUCCUUCUUCCUCACGCUGCCGCUCAGGCUCACGCCCAUCGUCCUCAUCACCACGGUGUCCUGCGGGGUCCACACCCUGGUGCUGGGCGUCACCAUCGCCCAGCAGCAGCAGGAGGACAUCCAGGGGGCGGCGCUGGGACGACAGCUGCUGGCCAACAUGGUGAUCUACGUGUGCUCCAUCACGGUGGGCGUCAUGUCGUACUACAUGGCCGACAGAAAACACCGCAAGGCUUUCCUGGAGGCCCGACAGUCGCUGGAGGUCAAACUGAACCUGGAGGAGCAGAGCCAGCAGCAGGAGCGCCUCCUGCUGUCCAUCCUGCCGAAGCACAUAGCAGACGAGAUGCUUCAGGACAUGAAGAAGGAGCCCAGUCAGAAGGAGAUGCAGCAGUUUAACACCAUGUACAUGUACCGCCACGAGAACGUCAGCAUCCUGUUUGCAGACAUCGUGGGUUUCACUCAGCUGUCGUCGUCCUGCAGCGCUCAGGAACUGGUCAAACUGCUGAACGAACUCUUCGCUCGCUUCGACAAACUGGCUGCUAAAUACCACCAGCUGAGGAUCAAGAUUCUGGGGGAUUGUUACUACUGUAUCUGUGGUCUGCCCGACUACAGGGAGGACCACGCCGCCUGCUCCAUCAUGAUGGGCCUCGCCAUGGUGGAGGCCAUCUCGUACGUCAGAGAGAAGACUCAGACUGACGUGGACAUGCGUGUGGGGGUCCACAGCGGGACGGUUCUCGGGGGAGUUCUGGGUCAGAAGCGGUGGCAGUACGACGUCUGGUCCACCGACGUCACCGUGGCCAACAAGAUGGAGGCCGGAGGGAUACCGGGGCGUGUCCACAUCUCUCAGAGCACCAUGGAGUGUCUGCACGGGGAGUUUGAUAUCGAGCCGGGAGACGGAGGAGAGCGCUGCGACUACCUGAGAGAGCGCGGCAUCGAGACGUACCUGGUGGUGGUUCCUAAAGGACCUGUGGGCAAGAACGGCAUCAACGGAGUGAAGCUGUCUGUGACGUCAUCCAAUGGAAACUCUCCGCUGCUGAUCAACACCACAGAGUGUAACGGAAGCGUGAACACGGCCUGCACCACACCCGAGGAGCCCGAGGAGCUCGACACCAAGGUGGUGAACCCAUCGUUCCCAAACCCUCGGCGGAGGCUGCGUCUGAGAGACCUGGCUGAGCGAGUGAUCGACGCCCAGGAGAACGAGCAGGAGCUGAACAAGCUGCUGAAUGAGGCUCUGCUGGAGAGAGAGACAGUGCAGGCUCUGAAGGGGAAACACACCAACAGGCUCUCUCUGAGGUUUGAGGACCCGGACCUGGAGACCCGGUACUCUGUGGAGAAGGAGAAGCAGAGCGGAGCGGCUUUCUGCUGCUCCUGUGUGGUGCUGCUCUUCACCGCAGCCAUGGAGGCCCUCAUAGACCCCUGGCUGAUUGCAAACUACAUCACGUUUGCUGUGGGAGAAGUUCUGCUGCUCGUCCUGACGAUCUGUUCCCUGGCUGCCAUCUUCCCCAGAGUGUUUCCCAAGAAGCUGGUGUCCUUCUCCACCUGGAUCGACCACACUCGCUGGGCUCGAAACACAUGGGCGAUGGCGGCCAUCUUUAUCCUCACCAUGGCCGACAUCAUUGACAUGCUGAGCUGUCUGCCUAAAGUCUCAGCCUCAGGCAGCCCCACUGUGGGCCCCUCCUCCUCCUCGUCCUCAUCCUCCUCCUUAUCCAGCCCCGAUGGUUGCCAUGACAACCCUAAAUACUACAGCUACAUCGCUGUGCUGGCCCUGAUGGCCACCACCAUGCUGGUUCAGGUGAGUCACAUGGUGAAGCUCACGCUGAUGCUGCUCAUCACCGUGGCAACCGGCAUCGUCAACAUCUACAGCUGGAGGGAAAUCUUCGACCACUACGACUCGGCCCGCUUCCAGGACUACAGGUCCUCCCUGGUUCCCUCCAAGUUCACCAUGUCAGUGAUGAUCUUCAUCAUGAUGGUCAGCUUCUACUAUUUCUCCAGACAUGUGGAGAAACUGGCCCGCACUCUGUUCCUGUGGAAGAUCGAGGUCCAUGAACAGAAGGAGAAAGUUUACGAGAUGAGACGCUGGAACGAAGCUCUGGUGACCAACAUGCUGCCUGAACACGUCGCUCGACACUUCCUGGGCUCCAAGAAGAGAGACGAGGAGCUGUACAGUCAGUCGUACGAUGAGAUCGGAGUCAUGUUCGCCUCCAUCCCAAACUUCUCUGACUUCUACACCGAGGAGAGCAUCAACAACGGCGGGAUCGAGUGUCUCCGCUUCCUCAACGAGAUCAUCUCGGACUUCGACAGUCUGCUGGAUGAGCCUCAGUUUCGCUGCAUCACCAAAAUAAAGACGAUUGGCAGCACGUACAUGGCCGCUUCAGGAGUCACUCCAGACGUCAGCAACGGAUACAGCUGUAUGAAGAAGGAGGAUCAGUCAGACAGAGAGCGAUGGCAGCACCUGGCUGACCUCGCAGACUUCGCUCUGGCCAUGAAGGUCACGCUGAUGAACAUUAACUACCAGUCCUUCAACAACUUCAUGCUGCGCAUCGGUCUGAAUAAAGGCGGCGUGUUAGCAGGUGUGAUCGGGGCGAGGAAACCCCACUACGACAUCUGGGGGAACACUGUGAACGUGGCGAGUCGUAUGGAGUCCACGGGGGUGAUGGGAAACAUCCAGGUGGUGGAGGACUGCUACAACAUCCUGAAGGAGUACGGUUUCCGCUUCGUGAGGAGGGGGCCGAUCUUUGUGAAGGGGAAAGGAGAACUGCUGACGUUCUUCUUAAAGGGACGAGACAAACAGGGUUCAUUCAUCAACGGCUCCUCCGUCACGCUGCCACACCAGGUGGUGGACAGCUAAGGAGCGCACACACACUCACACACUCACACACACACACACACACACACACACACACACACACUCACACUCACACUGUCUAUGGAGAGAGAUUUGAUCCAGCAGAGGUCGUUUAGAAAUCUAAAUAUCAUGUUGGAUUUAAACAAUGAGUCACACUGAAUGUAAAACAGCUUCAUGCUAACAUGCUAACCAUGCUAACUCAAGUGUCGGUGACGCUGCUCCUGCUGCUGUCAAUCAAAAAUUAAUCAAUCAUGAUACGGCUACAAAGAAAAUCCAAAACUUUAACACUCGACCUCGUUCAGUUUUAUUUCAUGCAAAACCGAAGGAAAUGAAUUUAAUCAAACUGACGCGAGUUAAAUAACGUGAUUGAUUCUAUCUCUUUAAAUAGACGUCUUACAGAUUCACACACAUAUGGAAGCCCUAAGUGGACAUACAUCCAUUUGCUCUAAUUGUGAUAACGAGUAAAUUCCUGGUUAUUUUCUGAUAACAAUUUAAUUUUGUGAGAUCUCCAAAAAUUGGCUGAAAUUAACUCUUUAUCACAGGAAAACAGAGAACAUAAAAUCAAUGGAUGUAUGUCUGCUUAGGGCUUCCGUACACACACACACACACACACACACACACACACACACACACACACACACACACACACACACACACACACACACACACACACUCACUCAGUGCCAUCCCCUCCUCCCACUAACACUACCUGACUUCUGGACACCUGGUCUCACUGCUGGGCCUCAGCCCUCAUCUCCAGAACUCUUCCAUGAACCUGAACCUGCUGACUCUUAUGAGGAGGAGGAGGAGGGGGAGGGGGAGAACAUGUAGGACGUGGACCAAUGAGAGUCCAGCAUGUGACACACACACCUGCCCCCGUGUGGUCGGUGUGUAAAAGAGUGUGUGCAUCGCUCACAGUGUAUUUUUUUCCCGCAGGUAAAGUAUUGUUUCUAAAAACUGAUCCAGGAUGAGGUCUCUGGAUUCUGGAAGUUUCUGCUCUGAACCAUGAAGGACGACACACUGUGUGUGUGUUAUGUGUGUGUAAUGUGUGUUUGAGGGGAGGGGAGGGGGGUAGAAAUAUUUAAAAAAAAAAAAAAACGAUUGUGGAUCGAUGGAAGUGCCUCUCACAGCCGAUCACCAUGUUUUCAUUCAUCUGAAGGAUCCCACUGCUCCCCCUACAGGCAGGAGGACGUCACUGCACUGCCGUUAGAGGAGCGUUACAGUUUAUUACAACUUCUAAACGUUAGUCUGCACAUCACAUGGUUUGGAUCAGAGGUUUUUUACAAAAGUGUGUGAAAGGGAGAAUCCCUCGCUGAUAUUUAAGAGAGAUGAAGUUUAUAUUUUUCACAUUUUUAUCCACAGACCUUUAAAUAAAGUAUCCAGUAAAUUAGUUGUCCUAGUUUGGGGUUAAUAUGUGCAAAUCUUAUUUUGACGACUUCACAGCAGACAGAGCCUCGCAACCCCCUGAAAUCUUUGCCCCCCCUCCCCCCAAGGGAAGCCCAGACCCAAGUUUGGGAUGAUCUUAAAAAUGUUGUAAUAAACUGUAAUGUUCCUUUUACUUCAUGUUUGUUUUAAGUGAAAAGAAGAGUGAAACAAAGGGAUGUGAAUCAAACAGAAAUGAUGGAUGUAUACAUCUGAACAUGUUUGCAGCCUGUGUUUCCUCCUGGUGUUAACAUGAUGUGACGUCCCAUUCUGAGGUCAUUAAACAUCACGGGCUUCUUCACUGAGGUCACAUCUCAGCAUGAGGAGAGUCAGACCACCUCAACAUUUGGUUUUUUGUUGAUUCUGUUUGUUCUUCUUGGACCUGCGUAAUCCUUUUUAAUCACUUCUUGCGGGGGAAGUUUCACCUGAUGAAACCUGAUUGUCUCUGAUGUGCAGCUUCACAGAGCAGGAAGGAGACGUCCUUAAUCUGUUCAGACUUUAGAGAUGUAUUUCACACCUGCAGCAGAAUAUCCAGACACAGACGUCAUGUUAAUCCCAGCUGGAAACCGGCUUAACUUUCUUUUUUCUUUUUUUGAUACGUUAAUGUGUUUAAGUACAGGAGAAGUUUGGGGAUAUGAUGAAGUGCAAUAUGAAGUAUGCAGGUGGAAAAAUGGACAUCUGUCAAUACCUUUUAAAGGGUAGUUCCAAUAUUUUAAAACCAGGCUUUUUCAUGCCUUUUCGGGGUCUGAAGGUCUUAAAGGCACUCAAAGAGUUUGAUUGGUUCCAGUAGAUGUCAUCAUCAGCCUGCAGCAGUGAAACAGUCUGUGAGGCUGCAGCGUGAUCUUUGUGGGCGAAUGUGUCAAAGUGAAGGCUGCAGGAUGAAGCAAUCUUCACCCCUCCUUAAAACGAGCACUGAAGCCGCUGUUUGGACCGGGUUACAGGUUGACUGUGCGGCCCGUGAUUGUGACAUCACACCAAAUAUGAAGGCAUGAGGGAACCCUCCUGACAGUGUGAAUUUAUUAACGAUAUUUAAUUGGACAGCAGCAGUGCCAUACAGGAGAAUGGCAUGUUAUAUACAGUAUAAGGGGUGUGGUGGGGUUUGAGGGGGGUGUCUUUAGUUCUGUCUUCUGCUGAUUGUAAAGGUCAUUAGUGUCUCUUGUAGGACGGAAUCAAAGUGCAAUAGUUUCUUCUUCUACAAACCUGAGUCCCUCCUCUCUGAAGCAGACGUUCAGCCCCUCCCCCAACUCAUAUUUUUAUACAGUAGUUUAGUUCUAUUAUAAAGAAGGUGAGGAGGCUGUACAUAGAUUUUACACAGUUCAGAUGUCUGCAGACACCGCUGAUGUUUUCUUACAUGUGAAAGUGCCAACGACAGAGAGCAGGAUGGUUCAGAUGUUAAAGCCACACAACAUGGACCGCUCCUGGUUUAUAUUUAAAGAAUCUCAGGCUGAGCGGA